AUGUCCGACGAUCGUUCCGGAGACAAACACCGCUUUCGAAUCGGCCACGGCUUCGGCUUUCUAAAUCGGAAGGACGUGCCAAAAGAAACUGGUGGUGAAUCAAAGGAAACCAAAUCAAAGGAGACAAAAGGCCCAUUAAAAUUACUGCGAAGGCACAAUAGAGCAGAGGCACAGAAACCUGACUCAGUUAACUCUGGUAAAGCUGACAAGGAGGAGCCACACAAGCCGCGCAAAUGGCGGAGAAAAGGACCAGACGAACGUGCUGAGCCUAGCCGUCUGCAACGCGAGCAACAACGAAAAUCGCCUGAUACUAGUGAUCACCAUGCCAUCUCCACCACGACGAGCGAAACAGAAGAACGAGCUAGCCAGGUUUCCCCGAGGCAGAGAACUAACAAGAGUUCCAGAAAAGCAGGGUCAAUCGGUAAUCGUUCGCCGUCGUCGUCUAGUCUUGCCGCGUCUUCGAGGUCCAGCAUCGCCGCUCUUCCAAAACAAACCGACAUCGCAAGGCAUAGCAAAUCACUUUGGGUUAACAUUCCCCAACGUGGAAGCUCGCUGAAUUCUACCAGUACGAGUGGUGCCCAGAAUUCACCAGAGGUCUCGCCGCAUACUCGUAGACCCUCGCCACCUGGUACAACGAGUCCUUCACGUACCACAGAAAGUGAAGUAUCCCCCAAACGGUCAACAGACACUCCGUCAGAUUCAACAGUAGACUUGGAUGAUCUCUCCCUCAGCUCUUAUGAUUCAGGCGGAAGUCAAAAUCAGGUGGCAGGCUACUUUACCAAGCCUCGCAAACAGUCCAAGCAUGGCAAUGUAGAUAACACGGUAGGGCAAAUGAUAAAGAGAAUGAAGGAUGUGAAAACUGCUAUCGAUAAAAUUAACGAGAAACACAAGGUUAAGAAGAGGCUCACGGACUAUGCUCUUCCAGCAGGUAUCGACGUAUCAGAAGCCAUCUUUAGGGGUGGCAGAGCUGUUCCUGGUGGAAUCAUAGUUGCCUCAGUUGCUGGUGUCGUUCUGGAAUGGUUGACUAUAAUAAGAGAUGUUCAUCUUAAUAAACAACAAGCCAAAGAUAUAUAUGAAGAUUGCGUAGAAGAAAUGGAGACUUGCGUUGAACUCGUCAGACGCGGCGUUGGUGACAGUCAAGAGACUUGGGAACUUUUGAAAGCUGAUCUAGAAUAUGUGCAGCAGCGAUGCGAAAAGACGUGCCAUGACGUAAUGAAGACUCGCCAGCUAUCUUUCAGUAAACGCGUCGUAUUACGUGCCGAUAUUAAAAGGCAACUCAACAUAAAAGACUCUGGCAUGUACACAGGCAGGAACAAGAUGAAGGACUUCAGUCUGUUCCGUAUCUUAGCCAUCCUGGUUGAAGAGAGGUCGCAAAAUCAAAGAUACCACAAUGAAGUUAUGGAUCGCCUUAACAAAAUCCUGGAGGCAGUGGAGAACAAUGAUAACAAUGCCAUGGAUACACUGAAGGAGAUAUCGAAAUUAAAAUACACCAACGCUGGCAUACAGGACUCUGGUUCGAAUGCACAAAUUACGGAACCUAACAAUGAACCUAUCAGGCGUGCUUCGAAGAGUAAUGCCACAGAUAAACCGGAACAUAAAUAUAUCGAUACUGGCACGCAGAUGUCUGACGAUGACCAGAUGCCGGGUCUCCGCAAUACACAAAGCAGAGAGGUUAGCGCAGCGUCUGUCGAGCGCGUCUUGCAGUACGUCGACGGUUUCACCAACGAUCAAAAGGAAGAAUUCAGCAAAAUAGUAGACAAUUUCUUAAAAGAGCAGGAGGAGGACCGAAGACAAAGAAAAGAAGGAUUAGAGAACGACAUAAAAGACCUCGAUGAUAUAAUUGAGGAGACGAGAAGCUCGGGAAUAUUGACUGUUUUAGAUUUGAAAGAUGACGGUAUCCAGAAGACCUGUAGUGAUUUUGAGAGCCUGAAAGAAGAGCUGAAGGCGGAAAAGAAACGGAUGGAUUCGACAUGGCGGGCGAUUGGAAACGAGGAUGUCAAAAAUCUAUAUGGUCUCGAAAGGGACAUCCUGUCUAAGAUACUAGAAUUGACUGAACUCGCAGUAGAAGAAUUGCGGAAUCUACUUACGGAUCCCCGGAGGAGGGAUUCCCAAAAGGAAAGAAAGGUCACUAAGCUUCCUAGAACCGCAUCCAAAGAUGUAUUGACAGGUCUAGCUUCUUGGAAUGAUAGAAGAAACUCCGCCUCCGCAACUCAGCUUAAACCCCCGACAAUUGCAUUUCAGGAUCCCACUAAAGCUUCCACUAGAGACCACGUUGAAUCUGAAGAGGAGGAAUCGCCGGUAUCGCUUCAGAAUAAUAGAUUCAACUUUGCAGGGCUCAAAAAGCGUCCACCUGCAUCGCCUAUGUCAUUUACAAGCUCCCGUCCCGACAAACCCAAAAAACUUGUCAAAAAGAAAUUUCAAGAACAGCUCUCAAAUAAAGCAAAGUUGGAAAGGGAAGCGAAGUUGUUUGAGGGCAAGUUAAACCAUAGCUACUCCUCUGUCUUAUCGCAGCCACUCUGGACACCUGGUCUCGUUGAACUUGGCGACGUCGGGUACAUUUCUUGUGGCUCGUUCAUUCGCCUUUUCAAUGCCCACAAUCCUCCUUCGGGGAUUAAACGCCUUGGAGCUGAAAAUUUAAGAAUAACUUCGAAGAAAGUAUCUAAGGCACCUAACAAGGUGUUCCGUUCUAUUAUGACCACAAGGCCCAAAAAACUGAAGGGUGCCUUCAAAGGAAAUUUCAGAGACAAAGUAAAUAUGCCUACCCAUUUAGGCGGAGAACAGGCAUUCAUGUAUAUAGAAAAUGCCAUCUACGAGUGUUAUUCAGCAACGACACGCAAAGGGGAAGGAGACGAUAGUGUUACAAUAGUGACAGACUGGUUUAAGGCGAACGUCGAGGCGAUCCUGGACAUUUAUGACCGCGUAAAUGAGGAAAACUUGAUCUUGGUGACGGGCUCUAUGAAAGCAAGAGAUUACGCGUUCCUCCUCGACCAGAAGCCAUCCAGCAAACAGAUUAGUUUUUACGUGUUUGAUAAACGCGAGGUGGGGAAAGAGUGGGGCACUUUUGCAUAUGACACUGGUAAGCGAACAAAUGGGAAAACUCAUCAGUACUUCGAAACGGAGAAGUUGGACAACGGGUCUAUAACGCAUGUAUCAAGAGUGAAAAGGAGGAAUGACCCGGGAACAUACGAUUCGGUAAUACUGCAGAGACUGCGUAUCGAAAAGCGCAUUGCAACACCAUUAACGAUGGAAAUUGCUCACGAAGGAUGCUUGACUGAUGGUUAA